CCCGCCCGCCUGAGCCGGCUUUCCCCCCUCGGAGAAGGGCAGACCCCGCUCCCUGUGCUCCUUGCGCCGCGGGACUGCGCGGCCGCGACCUCCGCCACCAUGCCUGUCUUCCACACCCGCACGAUCGAGAGUAUCCUGGAGCCGGUGGCGCAGCAGAUCUCCCACCUGGUCAUCAUGCACGAGGAGGGCGAGGUGGACGGCAAGGCCAUCCCGGACCUCACCGCCCCCGUGGCCGCCGUGCAAGCCGCCGUCAGCAACCUGGUCCGGGUUGGAAAAGAAACUGUUCAGACAACUGAAGACCAGAUUUUGAAGAGGGACAUGCCGCCGGCAUUCAUUAAGGUGGAAAAUGCUUGUACAAAACUUGUCCAGGCAGCUAAGAUGCUCCAAACGGACCCUUAUUCAGUACCUGCUCGUGAUUACCUUAUUGAUGGAUCAAGAGGCAUUCUUUCUGGGACAUCGGACUUACUUCUGACAUUUGACGAGGCUGAGGUCCGUAAAAUCAUCCGUGUCUGCAAAGGAAUUCUAGAAUACUUAACCGUGGCAGAGGUGGUGGAGAGUAUGGAGGACUUGGUGACAUACACAAAGAACCUGGGGCCAGGAAUGACCAAGAUGGCCAAAAUGAUUGAUGAGCGACAGCAAGAGCUGACUCAUCAAGAGCACAGAGUCAUGUUGGUGAACUCCAUGAACACUGUGAAGGAACUGCUGCCCGUUCUUAUUUCAGCUAUGAAAAUUUUUGUCACAACUAAAAAUUCCAAAAGCCAAGGAAUAGAGGAGGCCUUGAAAAACCGCAACUUUACAGUGGAGAAGAUGAGUGGUGAAAUAAAUGAAAUAAUCCGUGUGUUACAGCUCACGUCCUGGGAUGAAGAUGCAUGGGCUAGUAAGGAUACAGAAGCCAUGAAGAGAGCCUUGGCCUUAAUAGAUUCCAAGAUAAACCAGGCCAAGGGCUGGCUUAGGGACCCCAGUGCUCCAGCAGGAGACGCUGGUGAACAAGCCAUAAGGCAGAUCCUGGAUGAAGCAGGGAAAGUUGGAGAGCUGUGUGCAGGCAAAGAACGCAGAGAAAUUCUAGGAACUUGUAAAAUGCUAGGCCAGUUGACUGAUCAAGUGGCUGACCUUCGAGCUAGAGGACAAGGGACUACACCACUAGCCAUGCAGAAGGCUCAGCAAGUGUCCCAAGGUUUGGAUUUACUAACUGCGAAAGUGGAAAAUGCUGCUCGCAAGCUGGACGCCAUGACCAACUCGAAGCAGGCAAUUGCGAAGAAAAUUGAUGCCGCUCAGAGCUGGCUAGCAGAUCCUAAUGGGGGCACUGAAGGAGAAGAACACAUUCGAAGCAUUAUAGCUGAAGCCAGGAAAAUUGCAGAGCUCUGUGACGACCCCAAAGAGAGAGAUGAUAUUUUGCGAUCCCUGGGCGAAAUUUCUGCUCUGACUGCUAAAUUGUCAGACCUCCGGAAACAUGGGAAAGGGGAUUCCCCAGAAGCCCGUGCAUUAGCCAAGCAAAUAGCUACAUCACUUCAGAAUUUGCAGUCUAAAACCAACAGGGCUGUUGCAAACAGCAGGCCCGUAAAGGCAGCUGUCCAUCUGGAAGGGAAGAUUGAGCAAGCUCAAAGAUGGAUAGAUAAUCCCACAGUUGAUGACCGUGGAGUGGGCCAGGCUGCAAUCCGGGGACUUGUGGCUGAAGGUCGCCGUCUUGCCAACGUGAUGAUGGGACCAUACCGUCAAGACUUGCUUGCCAAAUGUGACCGUGUGGAACAGCUUGUGGCCCAGUUAGCUGAUCUGGCAGCAAGAGGUGAAGGAGAAUCUCCUCAAGCCAGGGCAGUGGCUGCUCAGCUGCAGGACUCAUUAAAGGAUCUUAAAUCAAGGAUGCAAGAAGCUAUGACCCAGGAAGUAUCUGAUGUGUUUAGUGACACGACAACUCCAAUCAAAUUGUUGGCAGUAGCAGCCACUGCUCCUCCAGAUGCACCCAACAGGGAUGAGGUCUUUGAUGAAAGGGCGGCCAACUUUGAAAGCCAUGCUGCCAGGCUUGGCGCUACUGCAGACAAGGCAGCUGCAGUUGGGACAGCCAACAAAAGUACUGUGGAAGGCAUACAAGCAACUGUGAAGUCUGCAAGAGAACUCACGCCUCAGGUUGUGUCUGCUGCUCGCAUCCUCCUAAGGAAUCCUGGAAAUCAAGCUGCUUAUGAACACUUUGAGACGAUGAAGAACCAGUGGAUUGACAAUGUGGAAAAAAUGACAGGCCUGGUGGAUGAAGCGAUCGAUACCAAGUCUCUGUUGGAUGCCUCUGAGGAAGCCAUUAAGAAAGACCUGGACAAGUGCAAAGUGGCCAUGGCCAACGUGCAGCCGCAGAUGCUUGUGGCAGGGGCCACCAGCAUUGCCCGGCGAGCAAACCGGAUUUUGUUAGUGGCAAAGAAGGAGGUUGAAAACUCAGAGGAUCCCAAAUUCCGUGAAGCGGUGAAAGAUGCCUCUGAUGACCUGAGCAAAACCAUUUCACCCAUGGUGAUGGAUGCUAAAGCUGUGGCAGGCAAUAUUUCUGAUCCUGGUUUGCAGAAGAACUUCCUGGAUUCUGGAUAUAGGAUUCUGGGAGCUGUGGCCAAAGUCCGAGAAGCCUUCCAGCCCCAGGAACCUGACUUCCCCCCUCCUCCUCCUGACCUUGAGCACCUCCAUCUGGCUGAUGAACUUGCUCCUCCAAAGCCACCUCUGCCAGAAGGUGAGGUUCCUCCUCCCAGGCCUCCUCCUCCUGAGGAGAAGGAUGAAGAGUUCCCAGAGCAGAAGGCUGGUGAGGUGCUUAAUCAGCCCAUGAUGAUGGCUGCCAGGCAGCUACAUGACGAAGCCAGGAAGUGGUCCAGCAAGGGCAAUGACAUCAUUGCUGCUGCUAAGCGGAUGGCCCUUCUGAUGGCUGAGAUGUCACGCUUGGUAAGAGGCGGCAGCGGGAACAAGCGGGCCCUCAUCCAGUGUGCCAAGGACAUCGCCAAAGCUUCGGAUGAAGUGACACGGCUGGCCAAGGAGGUGGCGAAGCAGUGCACGGACAAGCGCAUCCGGACAAACCUUUUGCAGGUCUGUGAGCGGAUCCCAACCAUCAGUACCCAGCUCAAAAUCCUUUCCACUGUCAAAGCAACCAUGUUGGGCCGGACUAACAUCAGUGACGAGGAGUCUGAACAGGCCACUGAGAUGUUGGUUCACAAUGCCCAGAACCUCAUGCAAUCUGUCAAGGAGACGGUUCGAGAAGCCGAGGCUGCCUCUAUUAAGAUUAGGCAGAUGCUGGAUUUACUCUACGCUGGGUCAGAAAAACUCCUUGGUACCAGUAAAGUGUUGCCCCUCCCCAAGGCGUCUUUUAAAAUAAAAUCCCUUGUGAAGCAAAGAGAAUUUCAUAAACCGCUAAAAGGUGCUGCAAAGAUUAAAACUAGCCACUUGAAGCCCCACUCUGAAGGGCUUUAGCAAUGUGUUGAGCUAUCUUUGGGUAUCUAACCUCACCAUAGUUAGUUUCCAAAAUGACUACUUCUUUUUCUCUCUUGCUUGCGAGGGAUUUUUAUAUUUGUGUUUUCAUGAACACUAUAAUGUCAGCCAGGUCGUUGUCCCCCAUCCCCCAUGCAGUUAUGCACAGUAUAUUCCAGUGGUUUCUAUGUGAGGCAAUUUAUGAGGAUUUUACUUUAGCAUGAAUUGAAACUCUGGGACAGUCUUUGUUCACUUACUUCUUAAUUGUGAGGGACAAUCAGAAAACAAGUAGUCCAGCAUUUCCGUUUUCUGUUCCCUUUUCUCUUUCCGAACAGGUGUGUGGCUAAGUGUGUUAAAUUUCCUCCCAAAACUUUCCCUAGGUAGGGGAAAACAGGUGCUGUGCUCAAAAGCUGCUACUACUCGUCCCACCCCCACCCCCAAUAAUGAUCUCUAAGCCAUCAAAAUCUGGGAAUAAAUUUCCCAUAACUAGGAAUAGUCAGUUCAGUGCCUUGUGGUGUUGAAAUUGACUAGUAGUUUGUUGAGAGCAGUUGUUUGUUGGCCUUGGUUGUGGGGACAUAUAAAUUUCCCUGUAUAUCACCUUGGCCAAUAAGAAAGAGCUAGGAGAUGCCAUUUUCUGAAUAUUUAGGUCUCUUUGCUUGCUUGUCCUGCUCUUCUGAUUGUGCUUGCUCAAGACAACAGGAGAAAAUGUGGUUUUAUUUCAAAUUUUACUAUCCUGCUCUUGUUCUAGUAGUAGAAGAGUUUUCUCUCUGUAUUCUAGCUAAUAACCAAAGGGAGGUACUGGAGGUACGAGAGCAGAACGUUUCCCAUGAAGUUUCAUAAAUAAUCCUCUUCAGGCUUUACACAUGCUUCAUAAAUCCAGUCCAUUUUAGUGGAAUCAGCUGUCAAAUAAAGUGGUCUAUUUCAAUUAUGUUAAAAAUACUGAGAAUUGUGCUAAAAUAAGGCUAGACUGUUUUGGCACUACUUUAGGACUGAUAACAAACAGUUGGCUUCUGUAUUUGCACAAAGUGGAUAAUUUCUGGCCCAAUGCACCAGGAAAAUUUCCUGCAGAACCCCCAUGGACACUAAUGAAAGAACACAUUUGUCUUGUGCAGGAGAUGUUCCUACACAAUUUAAUAGCCCCACUUCUGAAUUGCUUUUGAAUUAGCAAAGAAAGUAUGCAUCAAUGCUGCAAUGUCCUGUGCUAUCAUGCAACAAUAAUUGAUGUUCAGAAGACAUACACAUGUGCACUCUAGAUUAAUGGAAGGGUUAGCACUUGUUGACAUGUUAAAACUUCUUACAGUGCGAUGUCCUCUCCCCUGGUGAGAUUUAAAAGGGAAUUUUUUUUUUAAAAAAAAAAAUCUUUUAAUUAAUUUUUUGCAACUGCCAAGAGCAAGGGUACUUGCUUGCUCACUCUUUCGUGACUCCCUGUGCCUGAUGAUUGCUGACUGCACGGUACUCAAUAUUGUCAUCGAGUCUCUGGCAAGUAGUAGCCACAACCAGACGAAAGGGAACGUCACAGCCUUAGCCUGGAUGCCUUUGCCCUUUACUUGGUUUGUGUGAACUCAGAAGGAAAACAAGGCUCUCUAGAGGGCCUUUCAGCUCUUCUUCUGGAAUGUCUUUUACCAACUCAUAGUUCAGCCUCCCAUCGUGAGCUUUUUAAAUCACAAUUUAAUAGCUUGACUUUUGUAUUAAUGCAAUAUUACUAAUGCCUUUAAUUACAUGAUGGUUUAUACCAAAGACUUUUUUUUGUUAAUGAAUGUUUAAAGGAAAGUUCUGAAUCGUAUUUGCCUUGGAUAUUUCUUCAGAAUGUUUGCUAAGCUCAAAAGUCUUUCAUAGAAGUUAAUAUCCUCUACACCUUAUGCAAUUUAUGCUUUCCAGAACACUCUUGUCAAUCAGGCCUAAGAUGAAGCAAACUUGAAUGUUGGUUAGGAGCAUUUUGCCACUAAAUACCUUUGUUUAUAAACCAGAAUUUUGUUGUAUAUGCUAAUAUUUUCAACCUUCUUCUGUUCAAAAAAUAAAAAUAAAAAUGCAUUUGUAUAAAAA